UGUAACAAUAAACACUCGCGAGUGAGUGUCAAAAGUGGAUUAUCUCUCUGGAGGAUAAAAACUGCUCGAAAAUAAUUAAUUGACACUUUCAAUCAUUAGUUAUUUCAGUCCACUGCUUGGAGGGUUGAAUCAUCGAGUGGGGGUUUUCUUUUGUUGAAAAAUACCGCGAUGAGGGAGUGAUUCGAUCGACCAUUGUUACCUAGUUGAAGUGUUUAUUUUGGAAUCUACGGAAUUUGUCGUUGUUAAUAAUCGAGACUCAGUGACAAUUCGCGUGAAAUGCCGGAACAGACACCAGCGGAUCAGUACUCUACGUGGGUGGGACUUAUUUACGUGUUCAAUCUGAUUGUUGGCACUGGGGCAUUGACACUGCCAGCAGCUUUCAAUCGAGCAGGAUGGGCUCUCGGACUCUGCGUUAUUCUGAUUCUAGCGUUUAUCAGUUUUGUAACUGUAACGUUCGUCAUCGAGACGAUGGCAUCGGCUAACGCCAUUCUUACUUGGCAGAGGAUACAAGACAGAAAAAAAUUUUCUGGUGAGUCUGGUCUCUCCAAUUCCGACUCUGAAGACACUCCCCUGGUCUCCCCUGUGACCAACUCCCCAGAACGUACAAACACAUGCUACAGAUACUACAUGAUCAACGAGAGGAUAGAAAUGGGGGAAAUGGCAUCCCUAUUCUUCAACAAAGUGGGCACCACUCUGUUUUACAUUUGUCUGGCUGUUUAUUUGUACGGAGAUCUGAGCAUUUAUGGAGCUGCCAUUGGAAAAUCAAUGGCAGACGUGGCCUGCACGUAUCAGCCUCUGAAUUUUACGUGCAAUAACACUAUUCCUGACGACGUCGCCUGCUGGGAGGGCUCCAGCGUCAAUCGACUGGACGCCUACAGGAUCUUUCUGACCACGUUUAUCAUGGUUCUGGGCCCAUUCGUCUUCUUCAAUGUCCAGAAGACGAAGUAUCUUCAGGUCAUAACGUCGAUGAUGCGAUGGAUGGCCUUUGGCAUCAUGAUUGCGUAUGCUGCCAGAACUCUAAUUGUUUCUGGACCGCAAAAUUCACCUCCAGCUGCUAAUGUACUAGGCAUUCCUGGGCUCUUUGGAGCCUGCGUCUACUCCUUCAUGUGCCACCACUCCCUCCCAGCGCUGGUCGCCCCAAUCUCCAACAAAUCCACCCUAAAACGUUCCCUCUUCCUCGACUACGUUCUCAUCGCCGCCUUCUACCUUCUCCUGGCAUUGACCGGUGCAUUCGCCUUCGCUCACAUAGACGACCUCUACACCCUGGACUUCGGCCCCCGUGGGGCUGGAGACUGCACCACCAGCACCAACAUGUUCCUGAUAAUGACGGAGUACUUCCUAGCGCUCUUUCCAGUCUUCACACUGUCCACGAGCUUCCCGAUAAUAGCCAUCACUCUGAGAAAUAACCUGCAGUCGUUGUUCCUCAAUAAAGACAAUACUUACAAUUUUUGCUUGAGGAAAAUGACGUUCCCCAUUCUGGCUGUUGUCCCACCUUAUGCCAUCGCAAUGACAACCAAAGACUUGUCGAUAUUGGUGGGCAUCACUGGGUCGUAUGCUGGUGCUGGCAUUCAGUAUCUCAUACCUGCGUUCCUCGUUUAUUAUGCGAGAAAAAAAACUAAUGAUGUCAUUGGACUUGGGGUGACCAACAAAUUCGCCAGCCCUUUCUUCAGCCACUACUGGCUCACUUUCGUUGUCCUCUGGGCUUUUGCCUGCAUGAUCAUUGUCACUGUUAAUGUCUACGAAAUUCAUUCGGUUUCAUGACAUAGAAGUAUUAUGUCACAUUUUUUAUAAAAUAUUUUCAUGCUUCGUUAUUAUUCUUUUACUCGUUUUGGAGCGAGGAAACUUACUCGAGAAAUUGGUAGGCUCUGAUUUUUUUCAUGCAACUGACUCUGUUGAGAUUUUUUGACGGAAUUCCGUUUUUUUUGUUUGAAAAUUGAGCAAAAACCCGGAAGUUUGAGCUCAGCAUUUUUUUGGGAAUAUUCUCAAGAGAGUGUGGUGGGUAGGAAGAUGAGGGUUUAUUAGUUUUAUCAAUUAUUUUGGUGAUGUUAUUCUCUGAGGAAAUGUACGGCGAAAUUCAAUGAAAAAAAACUAAUAAAUUUUGAUUUUUUUGCGCGACUUAAUUUUUUGAGGUAUUCCCUUGAGAUAUUGUGAGUUAUUUUGCUGUAGUUUUGUUUGAUUAGGUGAAAAAAUUCAAGCAAAAAACUCAGAGAAUUCCAGCUGAGCGGCUUUUAUAAAAAAAUCUUGACAGAAUAAGAAGUAUAAAAAGAUGAAAAUCUAUAAAUUUUUUACAUAAAAUAUUUUCUAAUCAACAUUUCUAUUCUGACAAAUGCAUGGGGAAGCGUCAGAGUUUUUCAGUAGAAAUCCAGUGAAUUUCAUGAAAUAUAAGUGUUAUGUCACAUUUUUAUAAGAUAUUUUGCUGACAUUACUCUGAUUACCCUUGUUUUCUCUAUUUUAUAUUGAGAAAUGUAAUAUCUAGGAACGGAUAAACUUUCGCAGGAUUUGAAUGUCCUCUGUGUGUGACAAUAGAGACACUAAGUACUGAAUUGAGAAGUUAAUUGAUAAACAGAUGUAAAUAUCAGUGAAAGUAAACAUUGAUUUUCUGUCGUGUUUGCUAGACAAUAUCGAUUACUACGAUUUCAUUCUUCUCGUGAUGAAAGUCUGAUCGCACAGAUUGAUUUAGUGUAGUUGGAUUUAUUAUUUAUAGGUAAUUGGGUGAUUGCAGUCCAGUUCUCGUUGAAUAAAAUGAUAAGAUACCAACAUUUCGUGUAAACACCCAAUUGCAAUUGCAUCUGCGACAUGUAUAAUGUUUAUUUUGAAAGUCUGAGGAACCGUGUGUGAAAAAAAUUUAAUAGAAAAGCCUAGGAAAUUUGUUGGAGACUUUGAUCGGAUUUUUCUCUACAAUUUUUAUUUGAGUUUUCAAUACAAUGUAUUGUUCUGAAUAGCCCGUCGCUUAAAUAGUUGGAAUCAACGUUCACCCGGCUAAAAAAUUCGAUUUUGGCGAAAA